CGAACAUUUUCCCAAAGACAGAAAAAAAAAACACUAAAGAGAAACAUGAACUCAAAGUCUCUCACUUGCUGUGUUGUGUUCUUACUACAUACCAGUUUGUUUUCUUCUACAUUACAAUCCUCUCUUAUCCACUUGAACUCCACAACAUCAAUCCUUAAUGUCACUUUACCACAUUCCUUGUCUCAAUCCUUAGAGAAUUUCGCCCUCAAGACGUUAACCACUCAACAUCAUACCGGUGCACUAUACCGAGCUAUCUUACCGGAAAAUCUCUCCGGCAUCGAAGUCUCUGUCGUCCGUCUCACCGGGAAGAGUCUUUGGAACUCCGGGGCCAAGUUCAGCAACGUGCUUAUUCCGGAAAGGUCAGUUUCGGUUCCUCCUGCUAGGAGAGUCGUUAUAGUAUACCAAAAUCUAGGGAAUUGGUCUAACCAUUGGUAUACCGUACCUGGUUACCGGUUAAUCACUUCUGUCUUAGGGUUUAAGGUAUUGGAUGUGUCGGAUCAAGACAAUGUUAAAGAAAUAAUUCUAAAGAUGAAGAAUCCUGUAGAGGUUUCGUUUAGGGAUCUACCUAAAGAGAGGGAUGAGGAAAUGCUGUCUAGGGUAAGAUGCGUGAGUUUCAAGGCACAGACCAAAGAUGAGGAAGCGACUCAUAUAAGCCGAAUGGUUAUCCCGGGUGUGUGUUAUGGUUCGAGCCAUGGGGAUUAUUCGGUGAUCGAGCCUUUGGAGAACGAUAAGAAGAAUGUUGAGUCGUGGUCCACCUGGUGGUGGUUGUGGAUCGUGGGAUUUGUAUUAGGAUUCGGUUUAUUAGGGUUUUUGUGUACAAUGGGGAUAAGGGUUUCAAGAGCGAAGAAGAUUCAAGUGAUGAUGGAGAGAGACGCUAAUGAUGGUGAAGUGUUUGAGAGCAGAUGGUUUGGUGGAAGUAAAAUGCCAUCUGCAGCUGUAACCAGAACUUUACCAGAGCUCGAAUCCGGGUUCGAAAGGGUCUCUUAGAUAAAUGGUUGGGUCUUACUUGGUUCAAACUUGAAAAUUACUCCUUAUAAAAAUAUGUAGUCAUCACUUAAUAUAGUAUAGAAAAAGCUUUUACUUUAGUCCUAGCUGGGAAGCUUUGAAUCCAAAACUCUGUUUACUAAAUGAGUCCAUAAGCGAACUAUCUAUCUACUAUUACGCCAGGGCUAUAUAUAUAUGAUACAUUAUUCCUUUAUUGUUUGUGACUUGUGAGACUCUGAAAUGGGC